AUGGAAUAUCAGUUCUUUUCUUUCUUUUUUUUUAAAGUACACACAUUUUUCCUUUAUGUUCAUGUUCCUGGAGCACCCUUUCCAUUAGAAGGAAGAGGAAUAUGGAAUAUCAGUUCUUUUCUUUCUUUUUUUUUUAAAUACACAUUUUUUCCUUUAUGUUCAUGUUCCUGGAGCACCUUUCCAUUAGAAAAAAGAGGAAUAUGGAAUAUCAGUUCUUUUCUUUCUUUUUUUUUUAAAUACACAUUUUUCCUUUAUGUUGCAUGUUCCUGGAGCACCUUUUCCAUUAGAAGGAAGAGGAAUAUGGAAUAUCAGUACUUUUCUUUCUUUUUUUUUAAAGUACACACAUUUUUCCUUUAUGUUCAUGUUCCUGGAGUACCCUUUCCAUUAGAAAAAGAGGAAUAUGGAAUAUCAGUUCUUUUCUUUCUUUUUUCUUUAAAGUACACACAUUUUUCCUUUAUGUUCAUGUUCCCUGGAGAACCCUUUCCAUUAGAAAAAAGAGGAAUAUGGAAUAUCAUACACACAUUUUUCCUUUAUGUGCAUGUUCCUGGAGCACCCUUUCCAUUAGAAAGAAGAGGAAUAUGGAAUAUCAGUUCUUUUCUUUCUUUUUUUUUUAAAGUACACACAUUUUUCCUUUAUGUUCAUGUUCCUGGAGCACCCUUUCCAUUAGAAAGAAGAGGAAUAUGGAAUAUCAGUUCUUUUCUUUCUUUUUUUUUAAACUUACACACAUUUUUCCUUUUAUGUUCAUGUUCCUGGAGCACCCUUUCCAUUUUUCUGGAAUAUGGAAUAUCAGUUCUUUUCUUUCUUUUUUUUUUAAAUACACACAUUUUUCCUUUAUGUUCAUGUUCCUGGAGCACCCUUUCCAUUAGAAAAAGAGGAAUAUGGAAUAUCAGUUCUUUUCUUUCUUUUUUUUUUAAAGUACACACAUUUUUCCUUUAUGUUCAUGUUCCUGGAGAACCCUUUCCAUUAGAAAAAAGAGGAAUAUGGAAUAUCAGUUCUUUUCUUUCUUUUUUUUUUAAAGUACACACAUUUUUCCUUUAUGUUCAUGUUCCUGGAGCACCCUUUCCAUUAGAAAGAAGAGGAAUAUGGAAUAUCAGUUCUUUUCUUUCUUUUUUUUUUAAAAAAAGAGGAAUAUGGAAUAUCAGUUCUUUUCUUUCUUUUUUUUUUAAAGUACACACAUUUUUCCUUUAUGUGCAUGUUCCUGGAGCACCCUUUCCAUUAGAAAAAGAGGAAUAUGGAAUAUCAGUUCUUUUCUUUCUUUUUUUUUUAAAUACACACUUUCCAUUUUCCUUUAUGUUCAUGUUCCUAAACACACAUUUUUUUUCCAUUAGAAAAAGAAAGAAGAGGAAUAUGGAAUAUCAGUUCUUUUCUUUCUUUUUUUCCCUCUUACACACAUUUUUCCUUUAUGUUCAUGUUCCUGGAGAACACCUUUCCAUUAGAAAAAGAGGAAUAUGGAAUAUCAGUUCUUUUCUUUUUUUUUUUAAAUACACUUUUUUCCUUUUGAAUUUGGAAUAUGUUCUCUUUUGGAGACCCUUUCCAUUAGAAAAAGAGAGGAAUAUGGAAUAUCAGUUCUUUUUUUUCUUUUUUUUUAAAUUACACACAUUUUUCCUUUUUGUUUCAUGUUCCUGGAGCAGUUCCCUUUCCAUUAGAAAAAAGAGGAAUAUGGAAUAUCAGUUCUUUUCUUUCUUUUUUUUCAUUCCUCUUUUCACAUUUUUCCUUUAUGUUCAUAUUUCAUGGAGCACCCUUUCCAUUAGAAAAGAAGAGGAAUAUGGAAUAUCAUACACAUUUUUUUCCAGUUUUUAUGUUCAUGUUCCUGGAGCACCCUUUCCAUUAGAAGGAAGAGGAAUAUGGAAUAUCAGUUCUUUUUCUUUCUUUUUUUUAAAUUACACAUUUUUCCUUGAUAUUUCAUGGGACACCCUUUCCAUUAGAAAAAAGGAAUAUGGAAUAUCAGUUCUUUUCUUUCUUUUUUUUUUUUUUACCAUUUUUCCUUUAUAUUCAUUUCUUUUCUUUCCUCUUUUUUCCUUCAUUUCCAUUUUUUUUUUUCUGUGCAUUUUCUUUCUUUUUCUUUCCAUUAGAAGGAAGAGAAUAUGGAAUAUCAGUUCUUUCUUUCUUCUUUUAUUCAACCCAAUCUCGACUUUUUUUCUUUUUUUCCUCUCACCCUUUCCUUAUUCCCUCUUUUCAUUUCCUUUUUUCUUUUUUUCACAUCUUUAUUUUUCCAUUUUUCUCUUUUAUUCAACCCAAUAUCUUCAGUUCUUUUUUCCUCAUUUCCUUCAUUCCUCUUUUUCAUUCCUUUAUUCUUUUCUUUCUUUUUUUUCCUUCAUUUCCUUUUUUCAUGUUCCUCUCAAUUUUUCCUUUCCUAUUUCAUUCAUCAGUUCUUUUCCUUUCUUUUUUUUUUUACAAGUCUCUUUUUUUUCUCUUUUCAUUUCAUUUCCACAGAACCAUUUCCUUCAUAGAAAAGAGGAAUUCCUCUCAGUUCUUUUUUUCUUUUCCUUUUUCAUUCACAGUUUUUCUUUCCUACUUUCCUUCUAUUUUUAUUCAGCAAUCUCGACUUCAGUUCUUUUCUUUCUUUUUUUUUUCCUUCAUUCCCUUUUUUCAUUCAUGUUUCUCAGCACCCUUUUCUUUUUCCUUUUUCAUUGGAAUAUCCAGUUUUCUUUUCUUUUUUUUUUCAACCCAACAUUUCCUUUCAGUUCUUUUCUUUCCUCUCAUUUCCUUCAUUCCUCUUUUCAUUCCUCUCAUUUUUUUCCUUCAUGUUCAUGUUCUACUUUCCUUCUUUUUAUUCAACCCAAUCUCGAAUAUCAGUUCUUUUCUUUCCUUCAUUUCCUUUUUUUAUUCCACUCAUUUUUUCUUUCUCUGUUCAUGUUCAUCUUUUCACCUUUCCAUCUAUUUUAUUCAAACAAUCUGGAAUUCAGUUCUUUUUUCUUUCUUUUUUUUCAUUCCCUUUUUCCUCUCAGUUUUUUUCCUAUUUCAUUUCAUCAGUUCUUUUCCUUCUCUUUUAUUCAACCCAAUCUCGACUUCAUUCUUUUUCUUUUCCUCUCAUUUCCUUCAUUCCUUUUUUUUCAUUCCUCUCAAUUUUCCUUUUUAUUUCAUUCAUCAGUUCCUUUUCCAUUAGAAAAAGAGAAUCUCGAAUUCAGUUCUUUUUUCUUUUUUUCUUCUCAUUUUUUUCAUUCCUCAUUUUCAUUUCCUCUCGUUUUUUUCUUUCAUUCAUCAGUUCCUGGAGCACCUUCUAGAAAUUCAGGAAUAUGGAAUUCAGUUCUUUCCUUCUCUUUUUUUUCCCCUUUUUCAUUUCUCAGUUUUUUCUUGUUUUUCUUUUUGUUCCUUUUUCCAUCUCUUUUUAUUCAAACAAUCUCUGAUUCAGUUCUUUUCUUUCCUUUCUUUUUUUUUCUUUUUUUUCCUUCAUUUUUUUUUUAUUUCAUGUUCAUUUUCUACUUUUCUUUCUUUUUAAGAAAGCAAUAUGGAAUUCAGUUCUUUUCUUUUCUCUUUUUCCUUCAUUUCCCUCUUUUCAUUCCUUUUCAAUUUUUCUUUCCUAUUUCAUUCCAUAUGGAAUAUAGUUCUUUUCUUUCUUUUUUAAAACCCUCAUUUUCCUUUCUUUUCUUUCCUUUCCACCUUUCCUUGAAAAAUUCCCUAUGGAAUAUCAGUUCUUUUUUUUUUUUUCUUUCACAUUUUUUCUUUUCAUUUUCAUUUCCCAUCUGUUCCUUUCUUUCCUUCUUUUUUACUUUCCAGGCAUUUUUUCCAAUCUCGACUUCAAUUCUCUUUUCUUUCCUCUAA